AUGAUCUGGAGAAAGAAGAAUAAAUAUACUGACUCUAUUAGUGGUGUUCUUCACAUCGUCAACGUAUUUCUCGGCUACGUGCCUACUUUUCUGGAUGAUUAUGUAGUCUCGUCGUUCGACUCGAGUGUGUUAGACAAGGCGCAGCUCCUAGAUAUAACACGCGACGUAACUCCGGUCCCUUGCCACUCGCACAACGAUUACUGGCGCCGAGUACCACUAUACGACGCCCUACGCUGGGGUUGCACAGGCGUCGAAGCAGAUGUAUGGCUCUUUGACGAAGAGCUGUAUGUUGGUCACAGCACCAACGCCCUGACGCAAGAUGGCACCUUCACAUCCAUGUACGUCGACCCAUUGGUCAAGAUGCUAGACCACAAGAACGAGCUCGGAGAAUUUGCGACAUCAUCCAGCGUCAAGAACGGUAUCUUCGACACCGAGCCUGCGCAGACUCUGGUCCUACUAGUCGACUUCAAAAACAACGGUCACGACAUCUUCCCCGUAGUAUCCCAACAACUCAAUGCACUCCGCGAAAAGGGCUACCUCACCUACUUCAAUGGCAACACCACCAUCGAAGGCGCCAUCACUGUCGUAGCAACCGGUAACGCUCCCUUCGACCUCAUCACCGCAAACUCAACCUACCGCGACAUCUUCUUCGACGCUCCCUUGGACAAGCUCGAUGAAGGUUCAGUCACCACCCGCGGCGGCCAAGGCACAGUCGGCACAACACCCACUUCCCACUUUGACAGCACAAAUUCGUACUACGCAUCCGUCAACUUUGGCCACUCAAUCGGCACACUUUGGUUCGGUCGCAUCACGGAAGCCCAGCGCCUUAAGAUCCGCGCUCAGAUUCAAAGUGCAAAGGAGAGGGGGUUGAAGUCGCGGUACUGGAGUGCGCCCAAGUUCCCUAUUGGGCUGAGGAAUAGGGUGUGGAAGAUGCUUGUUGAGGAGGGAGUGGGAUACUUGAACGGAGAUGAUUUGCAGGGUAUGACGAGAUUGGAUUGGGGGGUUAAGAGACACUGGGGAUUGAUCGGUUGA